AGGCGUAAAAAAGAAGCUUGAGUUGAUCUUCGAUCUUGGUUGUGUUUGUGCUUUUAUUUAUGUUUUUGAAUCAAGUUUUAAACAAUAUUAUUGGCGUUUGCUAUUGAAGUAUAAUACUUUAUAUUAUAGGACACCUAAUGAAAAAUCAAAGUAUAUAUGGCACAACAACAUUACUUGUUCAUUUCCAUUGGUGUAUUUUUCCUGUCACUGUUUCUUCUUCGUCAAUUGUGCACUGACGAUUCUCAUGAACAAAAAAAAGAGUUGAACAGUUUGUUAAAAUUAUAUGAACUGGAACAUCUUACUCCAAUUAUUUACUUCUAUGGUUGUACGUCACCUGUUACUUUUGUUAACAUAUGUGGAGAGCAAGAUAUUCCAGAUCUAUCAAAAAGCUCUUUGAGGGUAUUGAGAGAGCGAAUAGGUCUUAUUAAAGAUCAUCUCAUUUUAAAGCAGUGGUUAAAAAAGAAAGAGCUUUAUGAUGCGGACACAGUAUUUAAUGCUCAAGGCAUCAAUAGUAUCAAGCUUUUGCAGAAUGUUGACAUAACAGAAUUAAAAUACAGACUAAAUAGUGCAGAAUUCAACACAUUCCUUAAAGCUAGUAGGACCCUUUCAUUUUCACCUGAUGAGAUCGCACUUCUCAACAAAAAAUUAUGGCAAGAAAUAGAGGAAAAUGCAAACCGACCAUGGACUACAGUUGGCACAUUCAUCUUGUCCCUUUGCAUAGCUCUCUUUUCAGGCAUGGUGUUGACCAUGUCCCAGCCUAGAUUAAUCCAUCCACAAGUGACAUCUUCAAAGCUUGGAUUCCUUUCAUAUGUAACUGGUAGAUAUCUUUCACCAUCCAGCUGCAAAGUUGUCUUUGAUUGGAAGGAACCUCAGUCUGUGGGAAAUACUAUGAGCUUCACUGUUAAAUUUUAUCAGAGAAAUGGCCAAGCAUAUCCUAUUUGUAAUGAAGAUAACAUUCUCAUCGAAGUUACUCAGGGAACAUACAAGAUAGCUUGUAGUAUUGAAUAUGGUGGACCACAAAUUUCAGAUGCUAAUAAGGCUAAAGUACAUUUCACGGUGAGACGUUCUGGAGAAUAUCAAAUUUGUGUCCUUAUCUGUAUGACCCACAUUCGAGGAAGUCCUUUUAAAAAAGAGUUUAUACCAGGCCCACCAGAUCCUAUUAAAACCAGUUUUGUUCAACAUUGUUCUACAGUAGUGGGGAGUGAAGAUGUACCUACUCAACUCUUUAUAGAACCAAGAGAUAAAUAUGGCAACCUAUGCACAAUAAAUAAUGACUGUGAUCCAGCUAAUGAGUAUAGUGUUGAUAUCAUUGAAGUAAAUACUGGUCGCCCUAUUGCUGAUUCCUUCCGUUGGGAAUGCUAUCCUUUGAUUUCUCGCCUAGCCUUAGUCUUAAAAUUUCCAAAAGAAGGCUGCUAUAGAGCUACAAUUUCUUAUAAGGGACAAACUAUUCAAAAUGGAGAUUUUAAUAUUAUUGUACUUAAUUCUGAUGAGUCAUCUGUUGUACAGAAGAAUGUAUCUAAAAGGAACAAAUGUUAUGAAGUCAAGCUUAUUGCUUUGAAUGGAGAGAGGAAUCAAAAAGCCAAAAAAGUCUACUGUUAUAUAUCUCCUAAACAAUUAACACUGAAGGAAUAUGUGUUGAAAUUUUUCCCCAAACAUCUAGUCACAUUUCGCCUUUGCCCAUCUACAAAGUUCAAAUUUCAAAGUAGAAAAGAUAUCAUACAGGCUGAUCCAGUUCUUAUUAUUGAUGAUGGUUGUCAAGAAGUUGAGCUUAUAUCCCCAGAUAGAAAUAUUAUUGUGGCAACUUUCACUCAGUUUUUACUAAAAAACAUAGGUGGAUCAGAAACAUUCAAAGAUAAACAAGAUUUCUUCCAUCACGAAGUUAGAAAGUAUCAUCAAAAACAUUUUCAUGAUAAAGUAUCUGUAAAAAUAUCAAGGGAGAAUAUUUUAGAAUCAUCCCUAAAAGAAACAAAAGGCUUUAGUGUUAGUGAUUGGUGUAAAAAUUUUGAAAUCACCUUUAUAGAUGAAGAGGGAGUUGAUUGGGGAGGACUUAAAAGAGAAUGGUUUGAGCUUGUGUGCACAUCAUUAUUUUCUCCAGAGAAUUCACUAUUUCAUUCCUUUAAAUCAGAUAAACAAGGCCUGGUACAUCCAUGCCCUGGUUACAAAAGGCCCCCAAAUUUGAAGCUGAAAUAUUUUGAAUUUGCUGGAAAAAUAGUUGGAAAAUGUUUAUAUGAGUCUUCUCUUGGUAGUACUUAUCGACAACUUGUAAAAGCCAAAUUUUCAAGAUCAUUUCUAGCUCAAUUAAUUGGUCUUAGUGUUCAUUAUAAGUAUUUUGAACACGAUGAUCCAGACCUUUAUGUGAACAAAAUAAAAUACAUCCUAGAAAAUGAUAUUGAAAGCAUGGACUUAUUCUUUGUUGAAGAACUAUAUGAUUCAACAGGAAAACUGAUUGAAGAAGUUGACCUCAUUCCAAAUGGUUACAUGAUACCUGUUACUAAAGAAAACAAGCUGCAGUACUUAAAUGCUCUUGCUCAAUAUAGACUCACGACUAGUGUGAAGUCUGAAAUAGAGCACUUUUUAAAAGGAUUGACAGAACUUAUACCCGAUAAUCUCCUCUGCAUUUUUGACGAAAAUGAGUUGGAGUUACUUAUGUGUGGAACUGGCAGUUAUUCUAUCGCUGAUUUUAAAGCAAAUCAUGCUGUUAGUGGCUCAUCUUACGAAUUCAGAAAGGUCUUAGAAUGGUUUUGGAUUGCAGUGUCAAACUUUUCUGAGGAGGAAAUGGCACGAUUAUUGCAGUUUGCUACCGGGUGUUCCCAAUUACCACCAGGUGGUUUCUCAGAACUGAGUCCAAAAUUCCACAUUACAGCUGCACCAACAUUUGGUAAUUUGCCUACAGCACAUACAUGUUUCAACCAGCUGUGCUUGCCUGAUUAUGACUCCUAUGAACAAUUUGAAAGAGCACUGAGAUUAGCAAUUAACGAAGGAUCUGAGGGCUUUGGUAUGGUUUGAGAUGUAUGUAAUUGAGAGAGAGAGAACGAUAGUGUUAGUUGCAGCAAAACUCACACAUAUGCCUUGUAAACAUUGUAAAGAAAAUUUAAGUAUUUCAAGUAUGGCUGUGAUUUAUAUUAUUCUUCCACAUUUUUAGAUUAUUUGUACUGAAUCGAGUAUUUUUUGUCACAGUUUUAUAAAAGUUCUCUUAAAUGUUCAUAAGUUUCCUUUUUACAUUUUUAAAACAAAGUAUGUACUUAAACUUAGCUAACAUUUGAAAUUUCAAUACUUAUUUAAAUUAAAGAGCAUUACUAUUAAUAUUAGAUGUCCUUGAUAUCUUUAAUUCCUAAUGAGAAUUGUUAUGAUAGUGUGAUAUUUGUUAAUGCUACCAUACAAAAAUUUGGAACCAGUAAUUUAUUUUAAAGUUAAAUUCUCUUAAACUGCUGUAUUUUUAUUUGCGCAUAUACAAAAUGUUUCAAUGAUGAUACUCCACUAAACUAAAUUAGGUAAAUGACAGUUUUUUCAUUGAAUUAAAAUUAAUCUUAAAAUAUAAAUUUUUUUUUAACUUUAUGAGUUUAUUUAUUAUCAUGAACAUUGUAACUCUAUGAUAUUAAUAUCGUAUUAUUUUUAGUUUUUGUAAAAAAGGAAUAUAUUAAAGAAAAUUUAUUCCAGUUAGAAUAAAUCUGGACACAUGGUAGCUGUGCUCGCCUAUGCCACAGUUCCUGGGUUCUGUCCUCAGACUGGGUAAGGUUGACUCAGCAUGUCAUCCCUUUAGUGGAUGCGUAAAAUGAGUACCAGGCCUGCUUUUGAAGUGAAUGGGGUUUCAGUGUUCAGCUGACCACCCAACUGGAAUAUAUGAUCCUGCACUCCAGAGCCUUAGGGCAAGAAAACUGGGAUGGGCACCGUAAACCUUGGCCCUGAUCACGCCACUGAAUUUAGUUCAGUUUUUUAAUAAAUUUGAAGCAAACUUCAUUAAAACACUAGUUCAAAAUUGAAAAAGUAUAUCUUAUAGUUAAACAAAAGCGUCAUGUUAUGCAAAUAUUGUGAAAACAAUGAAUUAGAUAAUAAAAAUUAUUUUUAAAUUUUCAGCUCUUCUAAACUUUACCUUUUAAAAUGUAUUUAGGUAAACGAAGAAGAAAAAUCAAGUUUUAAUUAUAGCUUAUGUAAAUUAUGUGUGAACACAAAUCCUUUUUGGAAGGUUUUUGUUAUUGGCGCAUUAAGUAGUUCAUAAUUUUUAGAAACAUAGAAAAAUGAAAGAUAAAAAAUAAGAAAAUGUUAUUUGGAUUUUUUUAAUAAAAAUCCAUUAUUAAAAAUAUUUUUUAAUUCAUUACGUUUUAAAAAAUCAUUAUUUUUUAUUUGGUUUAAAAUGCUAUUUAUAAAUCUUGCAUAGACACAAAUAGCUCCUUUCUUCAAUUUUCGCUUGAUUAAAAGUCCAACAAAUAGUUUUUUCAACUGUAACUUUAAUUGAUUAGCAAAUAAAUUAAUUCCAAAUUCUUGAAUGGUUGUAUAUAUUUAUAAUGUACAAAAGACGUAUUUUCCAUAUGUAUAUUUCACAUGCAUGAUGUAUAUUAACUUUCCAUUCUAUCAUUUUAUAAAAUAGUAGCAGAUUUAAUAUUGGUUAUUAGUAAAUGGAUAAUUCGCUUCUAAAAUGUUUAUGAUCAAUAAAUUAAGAACACAAUAAAGCAGUAUGGUAGCAUAUAUAGAUAAUUUGUUGUGAUUGUAAAAACAUGUAUCGUUUAGCGUAUGUCCUGUUUAGCAUUCAUAAUGUAGUUUUGCAUUCAAUCUUUUUAUACUCUUUAAACUUAAAUUUAUUGGGGGAUUAUAUUUAGGAGAAGUCUUGAAAUUUUGCAAAAUUUAAUUAUUCUUCUGAUUCAAAAUAAGAUUUUAGAAUAUUAUAAGAUAAAAUUUUAUUGUACAAUUUUAUAAAUGUUUUAUCUUGCACAAAAUUUAAGAACAAAUGUUUUAAGAUUAUUUCAGCCUUAAAAUCACUUUUAAAUUGCUGUGGAACCUCAUAAUUUUUGUAUUAAAUCUUGUAAUUUAAUUCAUUUUGUCUGGAAACUAAAAUUCGAUCUGAACUAGAGUUUUAUUUAUUUAAUUAUUUUAAUUAAAACCUAGGAAACUUUUAGUUAUUUUGAACCAAUAAUGAAUUAAAUAAUUAAAAAACGUUCAAGUAUCAAAGAUGAAAUAAAGGAAAAUAUGCAUUUACAAUAUUUGAUCAAAUUCAAUACCAAAUUAUUUUUGGUUUUAUAAAUACUUUUUUACUGUUAUGAACAUGUCAUAGCUUCAUUUAACAUUUAAGUUAUAUGAAGCUUUGAUCACUAAGAAAUAAGUUAUAAUUUUAUAAAUCAUAAGAUAUUCUACUUUGAUUUUUAAAGCACAUAGUGUACCAAACCUUGUUAUAGUUAUUUAAAAAAUUUCUUUUAAUGUAUGUAUUGUGCUUGGAAUGGGUUUAAAAAUGUGCACUGUUCAUAAUAAAUGUGUUUUGCAUGUGGUUAGA